GUCGGGAAUGGUCGGGAAAGUAUGGCGGCGCCCAUAAAGCACGUGCGCGGAUAAACACAAGUAAACACAUGAGAAUGGAUUCGGCUAGUAAGCCGAAGAAGAAGGCACGCAAGCGGACCUCGAGAAACGAGGAUGAAACGUCGACGAAAAAGGCAAAGAUCAACGGCUCUCUCGAGGAGGUACCUGAACCUGAACCUGAACGUGACGUAGCACGAGAAAACGUAGAUUUUGAUAAAAAUGACGCGAAGGACGAGGCUGCUUGCAACGACAGGCAGGAUAUAUUUAAUGGACAAUCUCUGAGAACGCUUUUUUCCACCUCCGCCGACUUGACUGUGUUGAGGAAGUUCGUGACGAUAUGCAACGAGAACAAGGAGAGGGAUCUUGCGGCGGAGUACCUGCUCGCCGGCGGCAGCGUUCUCGAAGUUCUGAGGCUGUUGGAGUCUUCCGACAAGAAGAGUACUGCCAAUGCUACCAUUGUCUUCUCUGCGAUCCAUAUUUUACUCAUUAGGAUUUUGACGGAGUGCCCACAGCACCACAGUAGCGCGAUAGAAGCUUGUCGUCAUCUGUUGAAUUCGUACAUGUCUGUCGUGCACUCCAUGCUUUCGACUCAGAGCAGUAAACAGCGUAAGGUGGUGCUGAGGCUGCUAGCGGCGAUAGCGUCCUUGGACAGCAGCCUAUCCAAGGAGCUGCUCAUCCAUUUGUCGCUGCAGCAGCAAACGUUAGAGAGCCUAGCGCAACACACCAAGCCCACGGAUUCUCAAAGUGUUCGAACGUGCUUCAUUCACUUUGUUCUUGCCUUCCUCGUGGAGGGAAACACGCUGGUGAUCAGAACGCUCUUGGACAAGCGUAAUAUGCUCUGCUGCAUCUUCUCAGAUUUGCUGUACGACACGAAAGAAGUCGUCACCUUGGUUCUCACCACUGUGAAGACGUACGUGCUGGAGAAUACUGGCGUAAGUAAAACGACAAAGAUGCACGUAUUUUCCAUACCUGCUGUGUUGAAUCUGAUAUCGUUGUACAAUUGGAAAGGCCCGAACAACUGGCCCAAAAACAAAACUCACACUUUCGAUGAGAGCGAGAACUUUCGAGCGGACAAAGAGGUCAUUAGUGACAUAGUUCAUGAGUUCUUAAUUACUUUGUUAACGUCACAUCGUUAUGGAGUUAUUUUCCAUGACCGAACAUUGGGUGGUUCGCGAAAUAAACACAAUCAACUGGUACAUAUAGUCCUUCAGAACUUGGAGAAGCCUUGGGAACAUGAAAAGCCAUCAGAUCUGAUUGUUAGGAUAAUGGGUGCCUGCCCAGAUCUUAUUCGUUCGCAAUAUAAUGCCAUCGAACCGUUUCUUGAACCCAGAGUGUCACUCAAAUGGAAUUGUCUUCUCAAAUUUAUAGGGAAGAUAGUAAAAUCAGUCGAUCCAGUUAGUUGCCUCAAAACUUGCGCUGUGGAACUGAAAGCGAACAAUUUGAUAAGUGCAUUACUUUCUCUGGCGGUUCCAAGCACGAUUGUAAAAGUCGCUAUCUUACCAGGAUUAGAUCACGAUAGUCUUUCUGUUAGACACGAAGCUUUAUCUCUUCUUCUAAUAAUUGCUAAUCAGCUGAAAGCUAUUUCUUUAGCUGCAAAAGAGUUCUAUAAAACAUCCAUAGUUCAAAAUCAAAUAACAGAUUUUAUUUUAAGGACUAUCCCCACCUUGGAAACUAUCUUACGAAUGUGGAACCGAGCUUUUGAAAAUGACACUAACGUAAAGGCUUCAGAAAACGCAGAACGCAUUCAGGAUCCAGAAUUAGUGGAUCAUCUUGAUGUUAUCUUGAGCGUUCUUCAUUUGUAUCAAGAUAUAUGUCCAGAGUUAUUAGACAUCUCGACAAAUUUACAGCCGAGUUUGUUGCUAUCGAAUUUAAAUAGCCUCCAAGAUGAUGGAGACGAUGGAGAAAUCACCAAGAUAGAGAAAGUAAAUUGCAUGAAAGUCAAGACAAUACAGUUCCUGCUUGCCUUGGACUCUUCCAUUUUUGCGCCAAAAGAAAAGGCUUUCAAGGAAGCUCUUGUCUUCUUGAUAUCUCUGAUUCGUCAAAAAGAUCCGUCACCGGACAGCUACAAUGCUACUAGAAAACUGCUAAACGCAACGGGUUUGUUUGAAACCUGUGAAGAUCAACUAGAUAUUUGGAUCAAUGGCUUUUCAGUAGUCGCGGAUUCCAAAGAGAAUGAGCAGUUGACGCAGUGGUUCAUGUCUGUCCUGAAAAGCGCCAUUAAACACAUUGACAAGUAUAUAAAUAUCAUAACGCAAGCGGAAGGAGUAAUAAACGAUCAGAUAUCUAAUCUCAACGUCAAAACGGCGGAGGAUAUAAUUAAUGAACUGUUUGAUAAAACUGACAAAAUUAGUCUCUGCCAAGAAGAAUUAUCUACAGUAGGUUCGUCUUUAAUUAACGGACAAUUUAGUUUUGACGAGAAGAAGGAUGAUACAAUUGAUGAUAGCUUUUAUAAAUUUAAACAAGAAAAUUCGAAAGAUACUAAACUUGUUAAGUGUGUAACACAGAGGAACGAGCAAGUGACCAACUUUGAUACAAAGGAGAUAGAGGAUGCGAUUAAUCGGUUACUUGACAAGGUAAAUCUAAAGAACUUUCCUUUUAACAAAGGUCAGCCGAAUAAAAUUUCAUCUACAAUAAUAUCACCUUCAAUGAAUGAAUUUACUAAUUCUGAUAUAAAGAAAACUAAUGAGGUAAUUGGCACUCUUUUGAAUAAUUCCGGUAAAGAGAAGAGAGAGAAUCAUUGCAGAAUGCAAGCGUGCACGGCAGUGUCACCACUUUUAUGCUGUGCGCUGCAAAAGAUAAAUGAGAAAAAUUGCACCCCCACGAUCUGGGCUUAUUUAUCCUAUGUAACGGUCCAUACUCUACAUUGUCAAGUCGUGCCAGAUCUGCUGGUUUAUAUGGCAACAGAUUUGAUUAACCUGCCAGUUUAUAAAUACUUGCAAAGUUGGUCAAGUAACAAACAACCUAUUUCCUUGAAGGAUAAGUUGCCGUCUUUAAGAUUAUUGCAUAAACUGAGUAGUAUACUGUUGGCAGAUUCCAAGAUGGACUUGAUUGAAUUUUCUAAAUUGUUUAACGAUGGUCAUUCGACAUUUUGUUUUAAAUACAACGGCAAGGAAGUUACUAUUAAGUACUCCUUAUCUUUGUACGAUGUCAAGACGUUGUUAAAAAUGACUGUAUUUUAUUUAGCACAGUUAGCACAGUCUAAAAUCUUACGACAAACCCAGAACGAAAAUUGCAAACUUAUGCUUGCGUUUUUAUUAAGCAUUCGACAAUCUGACGAAUUGAAUCAAAAUAACGUAGCAACACUUGAAGAAAAUGCAAGAUGUAUCUUCACUCAUCCUAUUUUAUUGCAUUAUUUCUCGCCAUUUUGUGAAGAAACUUCGAAAGAUUCGAUGGAAUAUAUGAUCACUGAAACUAUCCUGAAAGUCUGUGAGUCUGUUUUGAAUUUGUACAAACAUGAUGAUGCAGGGAUCUAUAUUUUUUUCGCGUUUAAAGACAAGUUUCUCACGCAAUUGAGGAAUAUUAUUGAAAGGAAUCCUUUGAAAGCCUGCAGUAAUAAUUAUGAUAUCGCCAUUGAUUUAUUGAAAAUAUUGCAGCUGGGAACGAUGGAUAUCGCGAGCUUGUUGUGUGCCUUGAUGAAGUUGGAGAAGAUUGUAUUUAUUUCGAGCGAUAAAGAAAAUCUGUCUAUAUUCGGACACGUCGUUCCGGUAUUGUUGGACAUGUAUUGCAGCAAGGAGUCAAGACUGCGUGACACGAUGAACGAGCAGUUCGUAGAAAAGUUUAGCUUACACUUGGUUUACCUGAAGUCCUGUAAGAUAAAUCACGUGGAAAGGUGGGAGCAAGCCUUGGCAAAGUAUUUAUCCAUCUCUCCGCAUAAUGUUUCCGGUGUCAGUACCAAUACUUUUGCAUUGUUGCUAACAAAAAGUAUUAACGCGUCCACGAUCCAGCUGAUAACGACCUUGAUCACCAAGAAUACCAGACUUAUUCCAUCGCUGGUGAAAUACUUCCUCAAGGAGAACGUGAAGCAAGACAUUGUGUUUCCAAUACUGAACAGCAAUUUAAAAUACAAAUGGAAUGAAAAGUUUCUUCAAAGUCUUCGCGAGCGUUACGGCAGCGACAUCGCCGCGUAUAUGACCGAGCCACAAAAUCCCGUUUCCUGGAUCGAAGAAAACGCGGCAGCGAUCGUCUAUCUCAUCGAAAGCACUUUCGAUCUUGUCCUGUGUGAGAAAAUUUGCAACAACAUUUCCCAGAACGGUGACAAACUGGAUAUGGUGUCCGUUUGUUUCGUGCAAUUGCUGGAAAGCGUAUAUAAGAAGUACGAAAGUUUGAUAACGGCUAAAGAGAAAUCUUUAAUGGAUCUGAUAAAGGUAUUGUUGCACAUAAUGACUUCGACAUUAAAGAAGGAGUCGAAGAACAUGGAGAAAAUCAAAGUUUUAUGCGAGAAGCUGAACAGCGCGGUGAUUCGUUUGAAAAAGACUGAAGAUAAUUUUGUCUUCAGUUCGCUGAGCAAGAGUUACUCGUGGCCGCAAUUUACUAGGUUUUCCUUAAAAUUAGGUCUGAAAGACGCUAAGGACGAGGAGACUCAAUCGAACGUAUUGAAAACCCUGAGCAAUUUAUGUGAUAUCGCUUAUGGAGAUAAUGUUGACGAUGAAUAUAUGAAGACGCUAUUCGAAAUGACGACGUCCCAUUCGGAGUUUGUUAAUAUUAUGCUUGGGUCAUCCGCUGUUAAAGGCGACCUGGUCGAAUUACUGAGAAUACUCACUCGAAAGAAUCACUCUGUAAUGACUGCCUCGCACGUGCCUCUUUAUCUUGCGGCUUACAAUGCCACCCUUUGUCACGUUGAUCAGCGCAUUUUGCAGAUUCUUCAGUAUUAUGAAACUCAUAAUGUUAAGCUCCAACAGUACUGGCCGUACUUAUGGGGAAACGCCGCAGCAACACGUUACAGCGUAAAGGGAGAGACGGAUACUGCUCUGUGGAGGCAACCUUCCACUUCCGAGAUCUUUAACUUGUUCAAUAAGGACAUUGUCAACGAGACUAUAAAAAAUUAUCCCAUACACCGAGCAAUAAAGAGUGAUGACUUACAUGAGAAUAGUAAUGUAUAUGAUCCAGCAUUUUAUCUGCCGUUACUGUGUACCCUAUUAGCAGAAAAUAAUAUCGUCGCGUGUCACAAAAUAAGCCAGAGUGGUGCAUUAGCGUUAGUGCUUGCUACAUGUUGCAGUGAUUCAAGCGAUAUUCGGAUGACAGCAUAUACCAUCAUCUCUAGAUACUACUUUCACUUGGAAGCAUCUAAGUCUAAAGAAAAGUUAUUGUGGAUGCGUUUAAUUGAUGCUAUGCGAAAUGGAAUCGCUUCCUUAAAUUGUCCAUUGAAGGAUGUCCGGCUGAGUUGCCUAAUGACUACCUUCCUAGCUAGGGCCUCACUGAUCGCCAGUCAACCUCUGCACCCACUUUAUUCGCCCUUGCACACCUUCCUAAUGGCCAAAACCGCGCUGGACCUAAAUACCAUACCGGAACUGCUGCAGUUGUUGCACAGCUCGCAUGUGGAGCACAACGCGCAUCGGCAUUGGAUCUUGGAGAACAUCCGGGACGGCAUGAAGGAGGAAAACGAUGUAAAUGUGGCCCUGAAAUGCGUGUUGUUCAAAAUUCUCCUAGAUUUUCACACUUGCGCACUGUCGGAUACCAAGACCAAGUAAUAUAAAGAAAAGGAAGAAGGAAGAUGAAGGAAG